UAGCAGCCACCUCUUACUUACUGAUCCUCCUUGCUUUUUUCAAGCAACAGAUCCAAAAAAGUUCAUAUUUCUCCAUUCUAGUCUGGUUGCCUUGUUGAGUAGUCUUCUUUUCUUUUUAAAUGGAGCGGCUAUGCCAGAAUACGAUUUCCAGUUUGACUGUUAGCACUUGGCGAUUCCUCGCUGAUUAUUUCGGAGGGCAGUCUCUUUGGCACUACGUUUGGCACUACGAGAGCGACCUUCAGAAUCUCAAGGCUCAACUUGAGAGGCUGAAAUUUGUCGAACAGCGCGUGCUGCACAAGAAUCAGGCUGCUGAAAGAAAUGGGGAACAAAUAGGAAUUGAAAUUGUGGAGUGGCUGAAUAAAGUGGACGAGCUUAUUCAUAACACAAGGACCAUUAUUGAUGAUGAAUGGAAAGGAAACAAUAGAUUUUUGGGGGGGUUUUGUCUUAAUUUUGGAACCCGCUAUCGGCUCGGUAUGAAAUCAGCCAGGAAAGUCCAGGAUAUAGUUUCUCUCUUAUCUAAAGGGAAAAAAUUCCUUGAAAUUUCCUCCCGUCCCAUUCCGGAGGAGAUUUCUAGCUUGAUUACUGCGGCUGAAAUUUACCCGAUUAGUUAUCUGCUCAACUAUAAGAGAUACUAUGAGAAUCUCAUUAAUGAAGUUGAGAAGUUGACCGAUGCCGAAGAGCAUACGCAGAAUAUGAUGAAGGCUGCCGAAAGAAAUGGAGAAGCGAUUUUUGAGGAUGUUUUACAUUGGCUGGAUGAUGUUCAGAAGCUUGUCCAUAAUCUCAGGACAUUUGAAUUCUUUGAACUGAAAGCAAAUACCCGAUGUUUCUUUGGGUUGUGUCCUGAUCUGAUAGCCCGUUAUAGUCUCGGCAAAAAAGCAGUGAAGCUACUGAAAGAUGUUACUCAACUCCGGGGAGAAGAAGUGUCCGGUAGAGUUUCUUACCCUAUCAUUCCUGCCAACAUCUGGCUUACUUCUACAAAAGCUUAUGAGAACUUCAGAUCAAGGAAGUCCACUUUGGAUUGUUUACACGAUGCAUUGAAGGAUAAUAGUAUCAACAUCAUUGGGCUGCAUGGAAUGGGUGGCAUUGGCAAGACUGUGCUACUGAAGCAAGUUGCGGCUCUGGUUGAGGCAAACAAGCUCUUUGAUGUUGUGAUUUUUGUCGAGGUAACCCCGACUCCAAACAUAAAAAAAAUUCAAGGAGACAUUGCAGAUUAUCUAGGACUGAUGUUCCGUGAGGAGACAGUACAUGGUAGGGCAAGUAAGCUACUUAAUAGAUUGAAGAAAGAGAGGAACAUGCUUGUAAUAUUAGAUAAUAUCUGGGAAAGUCUUGAUUUGAGGGAUGUUGGAAUUCCUGUGGGAGAUGAUCAUGAGGGAUGUAAAUUAUUGCUAACCUCAAGAGAUCGAGAAGUAGUAAGCAAGAUGGGUUCUCAAUGUAUUUUCACUGUUGGUGUUUUAGAUGAAGAAGAAGGAUUUGGUUUAUUUAAGAAAAUAGUAGGUGAUUAUGCAGAGAACCAGGAGUUUCAGUCCUUAGCAAUUGACAUUGCCAAGGCAUGUGGAGGGUUGCCUAUUGCCAUUGAUUCAAUUGCCAUGUCUUUAAGAGGCAAGGAUGUAUCUACAUGGCGGGAUGAAUUGCGAAUUCUGCGAAGACUUUCAUUUAAUGACUUCACUGGGUUUCUUGCAACGGUCUAUUCAAGUAUAAAGUUCAGUUAUGAUUUUUUAAGAAGUGAGAAACUCAAGUCAACUUUUUUGCUUUCUAGUCUAGUGAAGCAUUCCGAUGAUGUUUGCAUUAUGGAGUUGUUGAAAUAUGGAAUGGGUUUGGGCUUAUUUGAAGAAGCUAGUACGCUGGAAGAAGCACAGAAUAUUACAUAUCAUUUGGUCUAUGAACUCAAAAGCUCUUCUUUGUUGCUUGAUGGUCAUUCAAGUGAAUGGUUUACCAUUCAUGAUCUUGUUCUUCGUAUUGCCAUGGCAAUUGCAGAAAGAGAUCUACAUGCUCUUAUACUGAGAAAAGAUACUGCAAUAGAUAUGGAUGCACUUAGAAGCUGCAAAGCAAUCUCUAUACAUGACAGUAAUAUUACAGAGCUUCCUGAAGGUUUGGAAUGUCCGCAACUGAAUUUUUUCAGUCUACUUUCUGGGAAUCCAUUUGUGAAAAUUCCAGAAAACUUUUUCACAAGAAUGACAAAGCUUAGUGUACUAAAAUUGACAAAAAUACACUUAUUGUCACUACCUUCCUCGCUUCGUCUCCUUGUAAACCUUCGGACGUUGUGUUUCGAUCAGUGCAAAUUGGGAAAUAUAGUUGGUAUUGGAGACUUGAAGAACCUAGAAAUCCUUAGCUUAUCCCAUUCUGAUAUUAAGUUUUUGCCUAAUGAUAUGAGUGGCUUGACUCGGCUGAGGAUGCUAGAUGUGAGCAAUUGUUCCAAACUAAAAAUUAUUUCUCCAAAUGUAAUAUCAAGGUUGUGUAAUUUAGAAGAACUGUAUAUGGGUAACAGCUUUGUUCAGUGGGAAGCUGAAGACGGCAACUCUGAAAGAAGAAAUGCUAGCAUUGAUGAGUUGCAGCAUUUGUCUAAAUUGACAUCUUUAGAAAUACAUACUAAUGAUGCCAAUUUUCUACAGAGAGAUCUUUUAUCUAAGAAGUUGAAAAGAUUUAAAAUAUUCUUAGGAAAUGAGUGGGACUGGUUUGAUGAUUAUGGGACUUCCAGAACACUGAAACUCAAGCUCAAUUCUAGCAUUUUGCAACAGGAUGGGAUAAUCAGGCUAUUGAAUGGGACUGAAGAACUUUACCUAGAUGAAUUGCAGGAUGUCGAGAAUGCUCUUUUUGAAUUAGAUGAAGAGGGUUUUCCACGGCUGAAGCAUCUCCACAUCCAGAAUAAUUCCUCCUUUCGGUGUAUUGCUUACUCAAUGGACCGGAACCCUCAUUAUGCUUUUCCCAACUUGGAGUCGCUCUUUCUUCACAAUUUGAGUAAUUUGGAGAAGGUAUUUUAUGGUCAAUUCUCUACAUUGUCAUUUUGCAAUCUAAAAAUCAUAAAGGUGGAGAAGUGUGAUAAUUUGAAGGACUUGUUCUCAUUGACCUUUGCCAGAGGCCUACCACAACUUCAAACACUUGAGGCGAUUGAAUGCAAGAAUUUGUUGGAGAUUUUUACUGCCGAAAGAGAAGAUGAAAUCCAUAGCAGUGAAGUGAUUGAUAAGACUGAGUUAGGCCAGAUACGAUCCUUGUCCUUAAAAUCUCUUUCACAUAUUAGAAGCUUAAUGAGGUUUCCUACCUCACAGUCCAAUGAAGGCAUUUCAGAGGAUGAGUCACGUUCAGACAUGCCGCUUUUCAGUGAAAGGGUUCUGUUUCCCAGGUUGGAGGUGUUGGAACUCGGUGAAAUUCCCAUUGAAAAGAUUUGGCACAAUCGAAUUUCGUCAAUGUCUUCUUCCGUUCAGAAUUUAACACAUUUGAUCUUGUGUGGAUGUAAAAAAUUAAAAAAUAUCUUUUCAUCUUCAAUAUCCACAAGCUUCAUGAACCUCCAACACCUUGAGAUAUGCCACUGUGAUGUUUUGGAAGAGAUAAUAAUCAUGGAAGAGUUGAGAGAAGAAGAGAGUAACGAAAUCACAAUCUACGACCCUCUUUCAGAGUUAAGAGAAGAAGAAGAAAGGGAGGGCAUAAUCUUCCCUUGUUUGGAAUGCUUGGUCAUAAAAGAUCUAGAAAAACUUACAAGAUUUUGCUCAGGAAACUACAUUGAAUUUCCAUCUUUGAAACAGUUGGAGAUAGAGCAGUGCCCUCAAUUCAAGGCAUUCAUCUUUACAAAUAUAGGCACAGAUUCAGAGGAGACUCAACCAUUCUUCAAUGGAAAGGUUGCAUUACCAAGCUUAGAGGAAAUGGUAAUCUCUGGCAUGGAUAACUUGAAGAUGAUAUGGGACAGCCAACUCUCCACGCAAUCUUUUAGAAAACUGAAAGUAAUUGAAGUCCACAACUGUGAUAACCUGUUGACUAUUUUAACUUCUAAUGUGUGUGAAAGAUUGUGGCAGUUAGAAUCUCUAACUGUUACGGCUUGUGGUUUAUUAGAAGAGAUAUUUGAUCUGCAGAUGCUAAAUUUUGAAGAAAGACGUUCUAAAGCUCAGUUAAGAGAAUUGGUUAUCCAUGGUCUACCAAGCUUGAGGCAUGUGUGGAAAAAAGACCACCAAGUAAUGUUUUCCUUUCCAAAGCUAAACAUAGUGAGAGUUUCUGGAUGUCAGAGUCUAGAAUAUCUGUUUCCAGCCUCCAUUGCAGGGAACCUUUUGGAACUUGGAGAGCUUGAGAUGGUUAAUUGCGGUGUGAGGGAGAUUGUUUCAGAAGAAGAAAGGGUAGAAGAUACUGUUAGGUUUGUCUUUCCACGGGUAACCUUCCUCAAACUCUCAAUGCUGCAACAACUUCAAUGUUUCUAUCCUGGAAUACAUACUUCAGAAUGGCUGGAGUUAAAAAAGUUGGAGGUGCAUGAUUGUGGCAAUGUGAAGAUAUUCUCUUCAAAAUUUCUUAGCAACCAAGAAAUUAAUGCACCAGCUGAACAACCCCUCCUCUUGGCUCAGAAGGUCUUCCUAAAAUUGGAGGAGCUAAAAUUAGGUGGAGAGGUCUUCGCAAUGAUAUGGCAAGGCGCAUUUCCAGACUACCUCUUUCGCAAACUUGAAGUUCUUCACAUUCUGAAAGAUGAAUCAGAUGUUUUUCCACUUUAUUCUAUUCAGAGAUUUCACAAUUUGGAAAAACUCAUUCUAAGUUAUGCUUUAUGCCGAGAGAUAUUCUCACAUGAAGAGGUGGAGGGAUAUGCCAAGGUGUUGACAAAGAUUAAAACUUUAAAGUUGUUUGUACUUCCUUAUCUGAAGUAUUUGUGGAACCAAAAGUCAGAACUAGGCACAGUUCUUCCAAAUCUUGAAAUUCUUGAUGUAUGGUGGUGUGAUAAUUUGAUCAGUUUAGUGCCGCCCUCAGCAUCUUUCCACAAUUUAACAACUAUGGAAGUGUGGUUUUGCAAAACAUUGAAGAACCUAGUAGCAUUUUCAACAGCCAAAACUCUUGUUCAACUUAAAGAAAUGAAGAUAUGUGGAUGUGAACUGAUGACAGAAGUUGUAGCAAAUGAGGGAGAUGUAAAAGAAGCUGAGAUUGAGUUUUGUAAAUUGAGGAGCUUAACACUUUUUCGUUUACAAAGUCUUAAAAGUUUCUGUUCUGGUAAUUAUGCCUUCAGAUUCCCAUGUUUGGAAGAAUUAUUUGUAAUGGAAUGCCCCAAAAUAAAUAUUUUCUGCCGAGGAACUUUAAGCACACCAAACUUACAAGAAGUACAGCAGACCUGGGCUGCGGAUAUAUGGCGUUGGGAUGGUGAUCUUAAUACAACCAUACAUCAAUUGUAUAAAAGAGGGAAUGCUGAAACUUCUGAUGAAGACUGAGUUCAUCUUCUACGGAGCUCGGGACAUUAUGGUUCGCGUUCCUUCUGUUCAACUUCAAUGAUUGUGCAGUGAUAGAAAUUCAUGAGCUUGUUGACCAUUUACACUUCUCAGUUCUGAUCUUUUCAACCACAUUGAUUUCUUGAUUGCCUUUAGGAGAAACACGAACUCAGCUCUUACAAAAACCAUGCAAAUGGCUGAAAGAGAACAUAUUUUAGAAACCACAUACAUCCACAUCUCAGGUAACUGUAAACAGGGCAUCAUUUUUCCUUAAUUCUAAAAUGUAGCUCACAUUCACUUCAAAUUAUGAAAGUUGUUUCAGACAUGUUAACAUGGAAUAGCAUUAUUGUGGCGGCCAGUAUGGACGAGGAAAAAUGACAGGACAUGGAAGUAAUAGUCUUUAGUACCAUCACGUGUCUGGUAGAGUUGAUAAUUUACGAUGUGGUCAACUUAAGUGUAUUUUGUGUGGGUUUUGUUUAUUUUGGGUGUGUUUCGUGGGUUUUUUGGGAUAUAAUUUGAGGAAAAGAAUAUAAUUUAAGGUUUCUGUCGGUUGCAGAUGUCCACAUUAGCAUGCAAAUUGUUUAUGGCAUCAUAUAAAAUGUUCAUAUCAAUGCACCAAAA